AUGGCCACCAAACUUGUGGAUCUGGUGUAUUGGCGGAACAUGAGGAAGACUGGUGUGCUGUUCACGGGGCUGGUGAUCGGUCUGGCCAGCCUGUUCCAGCUCAGUGCCAUCACAGUGCUCUCCCACAUCUGUCUGGGUGUCAUGUGCUUCACCUUCCCUCUUCGCCUCUACUAUAAGCUGCUGGAGCUUCUGCGCUGGAACCCCGGGUUACACCCUUUCCAGUCGUUUCUGGAUUACGACAGCUCUCUGACAGAUAAGGACACGGUGAUGCUGGUAGAGGAGCUGGUGCUGCUGAUUGCAUUUGCCGUUACAGAGAUCAAACGCCUCCUUUUCAUCCACAGCUUGAUUGACUCUAUUAAGUUUGUUGUUCUGCUGUACCUGUUGACCUACGUCGGUGUCCUAGCCAACGGACUGACUCUGGUCAUAACUGCUGUGAUUGCUGUUUUCUCCCUUCCACUGUUGUACAAAAAGCAGCAGAUGCGGAUAAGGAGGAUUGUUAGAACAGUCAAAGCUUCUGUAAAGAGAAUCAAAAACCUGUGCCUUAGUCUGUCUAAUUUAACGAGACCCUCUCCUGUCCCGAAAGCAGCAACUGCAACUGGACCUGUCCCCAAACAGAAAGCCAAGUCAAAGUAA